AUGGAGGUAACCCUGCCAAUUGAGGAUGCGGGGGCCACCGUUGAUGCCCAUCUUCUAAAGGGAUGCUGCUUGGAAGCAGAGCGAUCAGACAGCGUCUGGCUGCGCCUCGAAGGCCUCUUCCAAGCUCUGCCAGAGGCCAAUCGUCGGCAGUUGCGAUCGCUUAUCGACGAGAUCAGGACCACUAGCUUGAUUCUGCGAGAGCUGGCUGACCUGUCCCAAGUCCACCAAGACCGCGUGCCACUGGUGCUGGAUCCUCUUAAUACCAUCUUGCCGUGCCUGUCACGAUCUCUGCGGGACAUUGUAACGCAUUAUGAGAACCGGAAACUGACCAAAGUAAACCGCUGGCGGACCAUGUUUCACGACAUGACCAAUGAGGCGGGCGGUCUACAGCUCCCUCAACGAUUUGUCGUCUAUAAUCAUUAUCUGACUGCUAUCCGGAACUUAUUAUCCAGAUCGCCCGACUUUGAUCUUAAAAUGAUGGAAGCGUUCCGUCUGCAAAUUCUGAAUUUGCGAGAGGCAAGAGGAAUUCCUCCGCCUCCAAUACAAGCCGGCCCUUUGGUCCGCUACGGGACCAUAGCUCCCAUAGGCAAAGAUACCUCUGUACAUUGGGCCGAACAAAUCUUUUCUAUACCUUUGCCCUCUCGGUCAGCUUUGAAGGGCGGGCUGCCAUCCGAAUCCUUCGGACCGCAUCGACCGUGGGGUCACUUGACUAUUCCCACCAACUCAAAAGUCCUCUUUCGACGGCCCGUAGAUGAUGAUAAAAUCUCUCUCAUCGCCUACUCUGAUGGACGGGAUGGCUCCCCUUACCUCCUGCUUCGAACAUUUUACAUGGGCGGACCAUGGUUUUCACUCCGCGGGGUUCAUGAGCUAUGUAUCCAGCGAGAGAAUGAUUCCAUACAAUUCACAAGAUGGAGCCAUUCCGAAAACUGCUCCAAGCUCUGGGCAACAUUGCGCUUCGGAACUUGGGAAGAGCUGAUUCUCAUGUACUGUACGUUCUUGGCUCUCAAGUCUCGCAACGCCUUGACAGUGCAGCUGGCAACCAAAGAAUACGCACCCAAGGGCGAACGCAAACUCUUUCAAGCCACCAUUCUGGACGACGGUUUCAAACAUUCACUCAUCAUUUUUGAAGACCGGCACACAGGAGGUCGCCGUAUCCAUGUCGCCGUUUAUGAGGGAGAGCUGCGCCAAUGCCCCGUCUGGACAGCCUUUGUAACGCAUCAAUCUACGUCUCCCACCUGGCUCAAGCGAGUCAGCCGCAAGAGAGUCCGCCUGGCCGACAUUCAGCUAUACGUGUUCAGCCAGCAAUACAGGCAACAAACACAACGAAAAGGCACCGGGGGGUCAUUCGAACUUCAAUUCUAUAGCGAAGAAGCCGCUCAAAGCUUCAGUGACCUAUUCUACGUCCCACAAAAGUCCAACACAUCCCGGCCCAUUACACCAAGGCCAUAUACGCCGAGAAUUGCGUCCCGGCCAACCACUCCAGGAAGAGCUUGA